GCGCCGGUGUGUAUUGUGUAGCCGGUGUUGCGGCUGCUCGGUGUUCUAGGGCAACAUGUGAUCUGGAAAUGUGUGGAUCAGCUGCCUGCUUCUCGUCAUCGUGGAUACGGUCUCUUAAACAUCACUCCCGAGCUUCAAUCGUUGUUUCAUCGUAUGUGCUCACUAGCUGACGUCAUGGAUCCGCCAUCCACUCUGGUCACGGAAAAUGGAAUCCAUUGCUUGGAUUCUGCGCGACUUUCGCUCAUGGCAGAGAGGUUGAAUGACAACCUUAGAUCCGGUGGCGUGGACCUUCAAGCAUCCUGCAGCGACGUCCCCAGCAAGACCAAGUGCUGGUUGAGGUUGCACUUGCCUGCUGUAAACGAAGUUCUAUGGAAAGUCUCCAUGCAGCUUGUCGAACAUGCGCCUGGUGCGUUGACACUCUCCCACAUUGAACGCGACGAUGUGAACACAUUGCGCACGGACACGUCCUUCAUGGACGGCGCCAUCCUGUUGUACAGUUUGCUGGAGCGUCACGUGUGCAUCAAGCGACUUGUUCUGAACACCAUGGCUUUUCCAUUGUGGCACUUUCCUUCAUUGCUUGGCAACGCACUGCUUGCCAACCGUGGUAUCGUAGAGGUUGAAGAACACCCAGUCGACAUAGCCAAGUCAUGGUGGAAAACGCGCCAGUGCAGGGCGCUGUCCUGCGCCCUCGGCGAUUUGUCGCCUCGGCUAAGCUGCUUGGAUGCCUCGUCGCUCAAGCUUGACCGCAUCUCAACAGAGUGCCUUGCCAAUGGAAUUACGAAGAGCAAUCUGCGGCACCUGCGCCUCUGCAAUGGCAUGUCGGCCAGUAUGACAAGGAAACUGAUGUCUGCCGUCAUCUCCUGCCAAAGCCUCACUUCUCUGGAGUUCGCCGGUCUUAAUCGGUUCUCACGGUGCAGCGCGAUCGCUCUUGCAAGUGCCUUGAAGUGCAACAGAACGCUGAGGAAACUGCGUGCGAGUUUCAUGGCAGAGGAUGUGACCGGUAUCAUCCUCGCGUCGCUCAAGCACAACGAAACAGUGCAGGAGAUGUCACUUCGCUAUUCAGUUGACCUUUCGCGUUCCACAUUGUGGGAUGGCCUUCAAGCACUCCGAGAGAACAGGGCGCUCAAACGCCUCGAACUCACGGAAGUCUACUUUUCCAACAGCUGCGCAAUAGUUAUGGCGGAAGUUCUGCGGUGUAACAAUACAAUCGAAGCUCUUUCGCUUUCUUCGAACUCUGUCAGCGAUCUUGGUGCACGAGUGUUGGCCAAGACCCUUCAGGAGAGCUCUUCUUUAAAGAGUCUUGACAUCUCCAACUGCCGACUAACCAGCGAUGUUGUGUCAAAGUUUGUAGAAGCGGUUUCUAGAAACAGUGCGAUUGAACUUGUGCGCCUCGGGCACAUCGACAUUCCCGAAGAUUGGGCGCCGACGUUGCCUGUCACAGAAGACGUGUGCACUCGCUUGCAGGUUACGUGGAACACCCAAGCACUUGAGCAGUGGGCGGCGUGUGAGGCUUUCCGCUUCUCCAAAGCCUGCAUUGGCUGGACGAAAGACUCCAGUUGUUCUGGCAGUGUGCAGUGGUUUUCCGCAGCUCGGGUGAACAGUGCAUUGCUCGUGGAACUGGUCAUAGAAUAUCCUGGCCGUGUGGGUGCCGAAAGCACUCAAGCGGUCGUCUCUUUUAUAGAAACAACACGUUCCCUCAAAAAGCUGAUCUUACGUCCCUUCGAGUAUAACUGUAUCUUUUCAAUUGCGGUUUUAAAGAGUCUAGCCCGUAAUAAUAGUGUUCGCGAGGCCGAAUUUCACCAGACACUCCGCGGCCACCUGGUCGUCAAGGCUCUUGCAGCGCUGCUGCUCGCCAACCGAACCUUAUACCGUCUCAAGUUCAGGUCCGACAGUCUCCCCAGCAAGGCACCCGCUAUGCUGGCCCGUGCUCUCGAAGACAACUUCGUGUUCCUGACGCUGGAAUUCGAACACCAGCAUGCGCAGCACGAUAUGCGCCCAAUAAUGAGAGUCCUGAACAGGAACCGAUCACUUCUGAACAGAGCAGUCGAAUGCGUCUUGGACACUGCUAGGGACGAGCACUCAACACGAGCCCUUCGUCUUUUGUCUAACACCGAGUCACUUCUGGACGCUGUCGGCGCGGCUUCGGGCAAGGUGUGUGAUGGGUGCCGAUGUUUGGUGCUCGAGGCAGUGCGUAGCCUAGAGUGUCAACGUUCGGAAGAUCUAGUCAACACAGAGAUGAUGAAACUGUGCGAGAGGACACAACAGUAAUAGAUUCAAGAAUAGUCUUAUUAGACAAAUGACUGUGAUAAAUAAGGCAAGCUUGGAAUCAAGAUAUCUUUUUGCAGUGCGCGUUCAUAGAGACUGAUGGUGACCCCGCAGGCGAGGCGCGGGUUCCAAUGUGCGUUCUUUAUAUGUAAAACGCGACCAAGCUGCAUUUUUCAGGACACUGUGUAAGCGAUGCACAGGAAAGCGGAAGGUGCCAUGGAACAAAUGUGGACCAAACACGAAUAUGUCAUAUCUGCAGAUUAUGUACACAACUAGCAAAGAAGUCAUAGCUGCAAAACAUUAAAGCUUGAAACAAAACCACCACAGCCUCACUGGUUCACUUACAGUGGUUACACUGCACGGUUUAUCAAACUGUUUUUUAUAAGCAACGUUAUUAGCACCUGGGGGUUUAUUCAAAAUCCCUUCUCUCACUAUGUAAGUCAUUGCUAUGUUACUUUUGGUGGUGUCUGGUUAUAAUGCACUAGUGUGCUUUC